AUGGAUGAUGGCGACAGGACUGUGGUGCCGACGACACCGAGUCCAGAGUACGAUCCUCACAGCCCUGCGAUGAGUGAAGUCUCCCGUGAGACAGUGGUGCCGGAGAGGUCCACAGCCAAGGCACGGACCCAGGUCUUCGCAUGGCCGACACCACCAGAUUGGGUGAACCUACAGGCUGCUGCCCAACAAGCAGCGGUGCUGGGCCGAAUGGGACCAGUGCUGGGACAGUUUGGGCCGACAGCACCACUGGUGCCUCCAACACCACCCUUGGUGCCUCCAACAGCACCAUUGCUGGCUCCGACAGCACCAUUGGUGCGUCCGACAGCACCAUUCCUGACUCCUCCAAGAGCAGCAUGGCUGCCUUCAGUUGGACCAAUGGUGCCCCCAGUGGCACCAUGCCUGCCUUCAGCAGCACCACUGCUGCAACCGAUGGUGCCUCCAGCGGCAGCAUUUCCUCCAGCUGAAUGGGUCCAUGGUUGGCAGCCAGAGGCAACCACACACAGCAUGGAGGUAACAUUCGGAGGCAGGGGACCCAGUCAGCCACAACAACCCCCAGCAGAGGCCGCAGCAAGACCAGCACAGCAGGCAGCACCACCAACAGAACAACAAGGCCCUGAGGCCCAAGGGAAGGAACAGCAACAACCACCAUCCCAAGCAGCCGGGCCAACAACACAGCAGCAGCCACGGCAGCAGCCACCCACAGCAGAGCAACAGCCACAGCAGCAGCAACGUCCCUGGCGGCGACAACAAGCACCACAGCCAGCACCACCAAAGUCAGCAGCGGAAGCGGCGAGGCCACCAAAGGAACCAGCAAAGUCAGCGGCGAGGCCACCAAUGGAACCCACUCGACCAGUGGGCCCAAUCAGCAAAGCCAACGUUAUGAAGGGCAAAGGCAAAGGCAAAGAAUCCAACAUCCCGGCCGCAUUCCGAAAGCAAGCAUUGGGCCACACACCCAUGGUCGUUCCGCCACCGAAGCAAACACCAGAGCCGGCCACCUCCUCCCACGAGCCAUGGGCUUUCCAAGGACCGCCGCCCAAGCUGCAGCCACGAGAACCAGACUACCCACCACCUGGAUUCCGGCCAAAGCAAGUGGGAAAAGAACCACCAAAGGCCAGGCGACCCACUGCUGCUGCACCAGCCGGUGCCAUGCCAGAUGUGCCACACCGACACACAGGCUGGAAACACAAAGCAUGUUGGCUGUUGACCAGAUACAGCCAAGAAGAUUGGAGAGGGGUCCAGGAGCUGUGCAGCAGCUUCCAAAAGGAGCUCCAUGACCACGAACCAGUGCUGUGGCUGGACGGGAAACCAACGUGGGCCAGGAAGGUCCAAUGGUUCAUUGACCAUUGGACCCAGGGCGACUAUGCUCGCUGCCACAGACUCUACCAGUUCAGCACGGAGUCCCAGAUGGCCCAGUACUUGGCUGAGCAUGCCAUGGUGGUGGAGGAGCACGGGAGCCUGGUCGUCACUACCAUGGCGACCACAUUCGUGGAAAGGAUCCGUGCGGCCAAGAAUGGGACAUCGGCAGGCAUCAUCCAAUUGAUCGGUGAAGUCCAAAGCAUGGAGCUGCCAGAUGCCAUAAAGGAGAGCAUCCAGGAGGCCGUUGAGACAUGCCAGACCAACGAAGCCUCCCACAUCAAGCUCUCCAGUUGCGGCCAGAAGAUAGCCCAUGUGCCAGCAUACUUGACCACGGCGGAUUGGCAGGCUCUCGAAUCUGCCGUAUCCAAGGAUGACCAGAUGUCUGUCAUGGCCAAAAGGCUCCGAGCAAUGGGCCUUACCUCCCUGAAGGAGAACACGGUGCACCAGGUGCUCGCCACCCUGCUCUACGUCAACCACAGCCGAGGCCAACCACAGAUGCAGCCGAGUGCCAUACAUUCCAUGGUAGACGACUUCCAGGCCAUAUUCCACGGCACGGCCAAGAUUGAGGCUGUGCCCAAACUGGCCACUUACUCGGAGGAUCCUCUCCAGAAUGGCGAGGCCUGGCUGAGCCAAGCAUACACGAAUGGCUGCAGUCCAGCCAAGAAGGUGCUUCCUCUGCAUGCUUGGUACAGGAAGGUGCCCAUGAGGAAGAACCAUCAUUUGCUGGUUGGCUAUCAUGUGCCGGCGGAGUCCAAGAAGGCACAUGGAAGCCAUGACCAUCUGGCCAAAGCUGCCCAGAUGCUUUCCCAAUUGGCAGAACGGUGGGCUUCACCACCUGCAGAGCCAGAGAUUAAAUUCUUGCAGCCUCGCCAGGAGUUUGAGGACCAGCACUUCGAGGAACUCAGGAAGAGGAAGCUUGAGGCCAAAGAGAAGGCCGUGCCAAAGGCAAAAGCCAAAGCGAAGGCCAAAGCCAAGGCCAAGGCCAAUCCCAAGGCUAAGCCCAAUCCCAAGGCUAAGGCCAAGGCCAAGGCCACCCCCAAGGCAAAGGCGAACCAAGCGAAGCCAGUGGCCAAGAACCAGGACCACCUGCCGCCGCACAAGCGGGAUCCACCGAUUUUCGGGUGCCCCAAAUGUCGAGGGAAUCCAAGCGGUUGUGGGCAGUGCCUGAGCCCAACGUACACAGGCCUGCGGCUCCCAGGCCGAGAAGCCUAUCGGGCCCAUAUGCCCCGAAAGGCCAGGAUGGCCAAGUGA